GAGGGAGGGGAGGCCAGACCCGCGCAUGGAGCGACCCCAUAGUGCGGUAGAGCAGCUGUCUGGUGGGGCUGUGGAGAAGGACAGYGGCAGAUCCAGGAUGAGUGUAGAGGAGCAGCUGGAGAGGAUCAGGAGACACCAACAGGGGGCGCUAAGAGAGAAGAAGAAGGGGCUUCACAUCCUGGCAGGAAGUAGCUGCAACAGCCCGCAGGACUACACCACACACAGCCACAGUACCACAUCAACACCGUCACGUAGCCCUUCGUUCACCAAGGAGAACCCCUUCCGCAGCAUGCAGCAGAACCGUCGUCAGCGCGGCGAGGGGAUGAGCAGUGACAUCCUGGAGUUGGAGGCGUCACUCAGAGAACAGGAAGUGUUCAGAGAGCAGGAGACACCUGCCGAGGAAAUAGCACGACUCAAAGAGGCCUCGCACACUGACCACUACAACAUGGACAGAGAGCUGUCAGUCCCUGAGAAGGUGUUGAUUCAGAGCGUUAUGUGGAGUCAGAUCCAGAGGAGGCUCUCAGUCCAGUGCAGAGGCUGACAAACAAAAGAAAGUGGACCGCAUCAAAGCCCUCAUCGCCAAAAACAGUAUGCAGAAUGUUCUCUCUCCUCCUGGUCCAGAGAAGGAGGCUGAGGAGGAGGCCACAGCUCAGGAUCAGGAGAAAAUGAUCAACAUAUCCUAUGAACUGGCUGCUGAGGCCUCCAAACGCAGCAAGCUGGUGGCAGUGUCAUCCUCCUCACCUCCUCCUGAGCCCCAACCCUCCUCAUCUCCACCUCCUAACACACAGCCACCCCCCCAGCUCACUGAUGGCUCCCACUUCAUCUGUGUCUAGUAGUAGCAGCACCCUGGCCUCAAUGAAGACCUACACGUGAGAAGACCUCUACCCUAGGACAUGACACAACCAGCACAAAACCCAACAAACUGGACUGACUGACAGACUGAUGGGCCCGUUAGACCACGCUGUUCAAUCUAUACCUUACUACAGUAUGACAUCACAUCCUCCUGUGCCAUGACGUCAAUUCAUGUUCCCUUUAACAUCACCACCACUUUCCCCUCUUCUCCCCCCUCACCUACUAUCCAUGGUAUCACUCUUCUCCCCCCUCACCUACUAUCCAUGGUAUCAC